AUGGCUACUAGUGUUGCGAAGAAGCGGAAGUACAUCGAUGGAUACAUUAACUACGGAUUUACAUCAAUCCUCGCUGAUGGCAUUGAGAAACCUCAGUGUGUGCUGUGCUUCAAAGUGCUGGGGAACGAUUCUAUGAGGCCUAGUAAGCUGAAGCAUCAUCUGAUGACGAUCCAUCCACAGUAUACAGAGAGAGACACCGAUUUCUUCAGGCGCCAUGAACGGAGUUUGGGAAAACAGAAACUGGACGAGAGUGGUGCUUUCCAGCAACAGACCGUAAGUGUAGUUGAGGCAUCAUACGAGGUUUCCCUCGUAAUAGCAAAGCAAUAG